GGUUGAUACAGGUAAGGAUGGUCAGUGGUGUGUGAGUGGCCAACCCACAUACACCUCUUUACCGAAACUAAAUUGCGCAACUGUUUAUGCGUUGAGCUGCUUAUAAGGCUCCAGAAUCGUUGUAGAACUCCCACUACCACCACUAUUACUGCUACUAUCAUCACUACUACAACUACUGCACUCUCGCUUUCGGGAAUAAUGGAAUAGUAUUUCCAUGUUCGUCAUUGUUGUGCAUUUGUGGUAAAAGUAUUUGUGUGGAAGAUGGCAGCUAAUUCCUCCUGCUACCGGCUGAACACUCGGCGAAAUUACUGUUUGAAGAUAUGAGAAUCAAAAAGUCGAGCUUCAACAGAGAAUCAGAACGGUUGAACUUUUCCAAGUGCAGACAAGAAGAGUUGCCACAUAAGCUGCAAGACUACCAUCACAUCAAGAGCACUACGACCAGAAGUCUGUUAUGGAGACGUGUGUGUUGAUGCCACGGGAGAUGCGUCUCCAGGAGACUUCUACCGGGGGGUCAUUGAGGGUGGUAACAGCCUCUACCCUUUCCCAGGGUACAACCUUCACCCCUACGUCUGGUACCCUCCGUACAGACUACCUUCACGCCCUUCCGCCCCUCCACCCCUGCGACCCUCGCUACAACUGGGGUUGCUACGACCGCUGGAGUAGUCGUCCUCUCGGAGUCUCAGUGACGACUACCACGAACAGCAGCAGCAGCAGCAGCAGCAGCAGCAGCGGCUCCAACACGAGUAGUGGUGGUGUUUUGAGGCAGUGUAACUGGGUGAGGUUCCUUACCGUGUGGCCCUGCUAUACGCCACACGUCAACAUGGUGGCCACCCUCCCAGCCCCCAACACCAUCACUUUCACCAUCACCAGGCAGCUACCGUCAGAUGUAGAAGUGAUAGCCUUCUUCUUACCCACGGAUGAGAUGCUCCUUCCACCUCCCUACUCGACCAUAUCUCUCUGCCCUUCAUAUGUGACCAGUCAACACCCUUUCGUGGUUGAGCUCUCCAGCAUUGCUCCAGCACCCAAACCCACUGAUGCCUCCAGAUUUACUGCUGCCGAAGGAACGGUGUUGAGUUCGAGCAGCCUAAAGCAGGAGGCGAGGAGCUGCCCGAGUCUGCUGGUAGCCACCGCCCUCUACCGCAGGGCAGUAGAGGUCCUCAUGCAGGAUGCGCCGCUGGACCUAUCACAACCGUUGCUGGGAAGUCGGUCAGCGUUGACGGAGAGCGAGAAACAGAGCUCAGGGUCUUCUUCAUCGUCAUCCUGCAGCGACUCCGACGUAACCCAGGGAACCUACAGUAGUGACUCCUUCAGGCUGAGCGACUCGUUGAGCCAGUAUGAUACCUUUCCCCAAUCAUGCGAGGUUGGUACAUCCUCGGAGACCAGCCUGGCUCGUCGUCCCAGAGAGAGAGUAUUACUUCCCUGUCACGUGUGUGGUAAAAUCUUCGACCGACCAAGCCUCAUCAAGCGUCACAUGCGAACUCAUACAGGGGAGAAGCCGCACGCGUGUGAGGUGUGCGGAAAGGGCUUCUCCACCAGUUCCUCUCUCAACACUCACCGGAGGAUUCACAGUGGGGAGAAACCUCAUCAGUGCGCAGCCUGCGGCAAGAGGUUCACCGCCUCCUCUAACCUCUACUACCACAAGAUGACCCACGUUAAGGACAAGCCCCAUAAAUGCUCUGUUUGCGGUCGGUCAUUCCCCACACCUGGCGACCUACGGUGUCACGCCUUCACCCACACCGGCCAGUGGCCUCACCGCUGCCCAGUAUGUGCCAAGGGCUUCAGCAAGCUCACUAACCUCCGUAAUCACCUCCUCCUCCAUUCAGCAGGAGCCAAGCGACGAGAGAGUCACCACCCCGCGCCGGGUAUCAGAAGUCAGGUUGUGUUGUAACGACGACAGGUCUCUGGUGCUGUCUGUUUUAGCUCGACCUCCACUCCUCUUGUCUGUGCAUCAGACAAAGCUUGUUCCAAAUAUAAUUGCAUCACUUGAAGAAUACGUAUCUCGAGGGGAAAUAGACAGAUUUUGCCUGGCCAGUUUUCUUAACCAAGACUUACUAAAAUUUACGAAAGUUAAAGUCGAUUACAGUACUUUGCCAGUCUAUGAAUUUGAAUUAAUUAUUUUUUUACUGCUUCGCUUGCAGGGCGUUUUCUUCCGAUGGUCCAUGUAAUUAAAUGGAAAUCAGAGAGAAGCAAAGUAUCAAGGCUUGAAAAUAAACUUAGAUAUACUAAUAAUAAUAAUAAUAAUAAUAAUAAUAACAGUAAUAGUAAAAAUACCAGUAAACAAAUGAAAAAAUAAGGCAUAUACAGAUAUUUUAAAUUCUAGCACCUAUUAGAAAAUUAAGUGUCUUUCUUCCUCUGGCAGUUACAAGUGCAAGGAAAGUGGAACAUUAUUUUCAAGAGUGAAAAUAAUACAUGUAUAUAAAUUAGAGCCUUGGAUAUAUGCACCAAAUUUGAUCAACACGACUUAACAGUGUAAAAAAAAAAAAGCCGGAAAUCCUAUAACGUGUGUGAAUUAACUUCGAAAUUUUGAGAGCACAAUCGUAAACAA